CGGGCGCACACCCCAGCCUCGGAGCGCGGCCUCGCCCGCUUCGCCGCCCCGGCCGCUUGGCCGCGGGCAUGGACGGCGCCCGCUCGCCCUAGAUGGACCGCGAUGGCGGCGGCCGGGACGCCCCCGGCGCGCUGAUGGAGGCCGGGCGCGGCGCGGGGCCGGCGGGCAUGGCGGAGCCGCGGGCGAAGGUGGCGCGGCCCGGGCCCCAGCGAUUCCUGCGGCGCAGCGUGGUAGAGUCGGACCAGGAGGAGCCGCCCGGCCUAGAGGCUGCCGAGGCGCCCCCCGUGCAGCCCCCGCAACCCCUGCAGCGCCGGGUGCUCCUGCUCUGCAAGACUCGCCGGCUCAUCGCUGAGCGCGCCCGCGGCCGCCCCACCGCCCCCGCUCCCGCCGCGCCCUCCGCGCCCGUGGCGCCUGCUGCACAGCCGGGAGCCCCCUCGGACCCCGGCCCAGAACCCGCGGGCGCUCAGGAGCCCAGGCCGGACCCUGCUGUCGCCAAGGUCCCCGACUGCAGUCCGCGGGAGGAGGAGCAGGGGGCGGCGGUUGCAAGGCCAGAGGACGCAGGAGCUACCGAGGCGAAGCCCGAGCCUGGGCGCGCGCGUAAGGAUGAGCCUGAAGAGGAAGAGGACGAUGAGGACGACCUCAAGGCCGUGGCCACCUCCCUGGACGGCCGCUUCCUCAAGUUCGACAUCGAGCUGGGCCGGGGCUCCUUCAAGACGGUCUACAAGGGACUGGAUACCGAGACCUGGGUAGAGGUGGCCUGGUGUGAACUGCAGGACCGAAAGCUCACCAAGCUGGAGCGGCAGCGGUUCAAGGAGGAGGCUGAGAUGCUGAAAGGCCUGCAGCACCCCAACAUCGUGCGCUUCUAUGACUUCUGGGAGUCCAGUGCCAAGGGCAAGCGAUGCAUCGUGCUAGUGACUGAGCUGAUGACCUCAGGAACACUGAAGACGUACCUGAAACGGUUCAAGGUAAUGAAGCCCAAGGUGCUGCGCAGCUGGUGCCGACAGAUCCUGAAGGGCCUGCUCUUUCUGCACACGCGUACGCCACCUAUCAUCCACCGAGACCUGAAGUGUGACAACAUCUUUAUCACCGGGCCCACCGGAUCUGUGAAAAUUGGUGACUUGGGCCUGGCCACUCUCAAAAGAGCAUCAUUCGCCAAAAGUGUGAUAGGUACGCCUGAGUUCAUGGCCCCAGAAAUGUAUGAGGAGCACUACGAUGAGUCUGUGGACGUCUACGCCUUCGGGAUGUGCAUGCUGGAGAUGGCUACCUCAGAGUACCCCUACUCGGAGUGCCAGAACGCUGCCCAGAUCUACCGCAAGGUCACCUGUGGCAUCAAGCCGGCCAGCUUUGAGAAAGUGCAUGAUCCUGAAAUCAAGGAGAUUAUUGGAGAGUGCAUCUGCAAGAACAAGGAGGAAAGGUAUGAGAUCAAAGAUCUGCUGAGCCAUGCUUUCUUUGCGGAGGACACUGGUGUCAGGGUGGAACUGGCAGAGGAGGACCAUGGCAGAAAGUCCACCAUCGCCCUGCGGCUCUGGGUGGAAGACCCCAAGAAGCUGAAGGGCAAGCCCAAGGACAAUGGAGCCAUAGAGUUCACCUUCGACCUAGAGAAGGAAACCCCUGACGAGGUGGCUCAGGAAAUGAUUGACUCUGGAUUUUUUCAUGAAAGCGACGUGAAGAUUGUGGCCAAGUCCAUUCGUGACCGUGUGGCGUUGAUCCAGUGGCGGCGGGAAAGGAUCUGGCCCGCACUGCAGUCCCAGGAGCCAAGGGACUCAGGCAGCCCUGACAAGGCCAGGGGUCCACCUGCGCCCUUGCAGGUCCAGGUGACCUACCACGCACAGGCUGGGCAGCCAGGGCCACCUGAGCCUGAGGAGCCAGAGGCUGACCAGCACCUCCUACCCCCGGCACUGCCAGCCAGUGCCACCUCCCUGGCUUCGGACAGCACCUUCGACAGUGGCCAGGGCUCCACGGUGUACUCAGACUCACAGAGCAGCCAGCAGAGCAUGGUCCUUGGUUCCCUUGUGGAUGCAGCUCCGUCCCUGGUGCCAUGCAUGUGUAGCCCUCCAGUGAGCGAGGGGCCCGGACUGGCGCACAGCCUGCCCUCGCUGGGGGCCUUCCAGCAGCCCACCGCCACGCCAAGCCUGACCCUGGGCUCUGCCUCAGUCCCUACCUGCCCUCCACUUCUCCAGCAGCAUUUCCCGGAGCCUACGAUGAGCUUUGCCCCUGUGCUACCACCACCCAGUGCCCCUGUGCCCACAGGCCCUGGCCAUCCAGUGCCCCAUGCCCAGCAGCCUCCUCCAGUGGCCCAUCCGCCAACCCUGCCUCAGGUCCUGGCUCCGCAGGCCCUGGGCGCUGUCCAGCCGGUGCCCACUCACUUGCCUCCCUACCUGGCCCCAACCUCCCAGGUGGUUGCCCCCACGCAGCUGAAGCCUCUCCAGAUGCCGCAGCCACCCCUGCAGCCACUUGCUCAAGUCCCUCCACAGAUGCCCACAAUGCCAGUGGUUCCCCCCAUCACACCACUAGGCGCCAUCGAUGGCCUCCCCCAGGCCCUCACUGACCUGCCGGCUGCAAAUGUGGCCCCUGUGCCACCACCUCAGUAUUUCUCUCCUGCCGUGAUCUUGCCAAGCCUCAGCACCCCCCUGCCUGCGUCUUCGGCCCUGCCUCUGCAAGCAGUCAAGCUGCCCCAUCCUGCUGGCGCCUCCCUAGCCAUGCCCUGCCAGACCAUUGUGCCAAAUGCACCAGCUGCCAUCCCUCUGCUGGCAGUGGCCCCUCAGGGCAUGGCUGCUCUGUCCAUCCAUGCUGGUGUGACCCAGCUCCCGGCCCAGCUCCCAGCGCAGCCAGUAUACUCAGCGGCCUUCCCACAGAUGGCGCCCGUGGACAUCCCACCUUCCCCCCACCACACAGUGCAGAGCAUACGGGCCACCCCUCCACAGCCCAUACCACCCGUUCCCACAGUACCACCCCUUCCCACAGUACCGCCCAUUCCUACAGUACCGCCUGUGUCCACAGUGCCGCCCAUGCCCACAGUGCCGCCCAUACCUACGAUGCCACCUGUGCCCACACCUGCACCUCCUCAGCCCCUCAUGCCUGGUGUUGCCCACUUGCCCGACCAAGCGGCUCCAGCUGCUGCCGCCCCAGGGAGCCAGGUCUUGCUGGGCCAUCCGCCUCCGUACACUGUGGAUGUUGCUGCUCCAGUCCCUGCUGUUUCCCUGCCGCCUGCUAUCCUCUCCCCACCUCUGCCAGAGUUGCUGCCGCCUGGUGCCCCUGAGCUGCUGCCUCAGUUCCCCAGCUCCCUGGCUUCCACAGUGGUGUCAGCGCCUCAGGGUGUGCCCACCCAGACUGGCACACUGCUUCCGCCAGCAAACCCACCACUGCCUGCUGGACCCCUGAUUCCUGGCCCCUGCCCAGCGGUGCAGUUGACAGUGGAACCUGCCCAGGAGGAGCAGGCCGCACAGGACAAGCCUCCUGGCCUCCCGCAGAGCUGUGAGAGCUAUGGCGGCUCCGAUGUCACUUCUGGAAAAGAGCUGAGUGAUGGCUGUGAAGGCGCCUUUGGAGGGGGCAGGCUGGAGGGCAGGUCUGCCCGGAGACACCACCGCAGGUCCACACGUGCCCGCUCUCGGCAGGAGAGGACCAGCCGACCCCGUCUUACCAUCCUGAAUGUGUGCAACACAGGGGACAAGAUGGUGGAAUGCCAACUGGAGACACACAACCACAAGAUGGUGACCUUCAAGUUUGACUUGGAUGGGGACGCACCUGAUGAGAUUGCCACGUACAUGGUGGAACACGACUUCAUCCUGCCAGCUGAGCGCGAGACAUUCAUCGAGCAGAUGAAGGAUGUUAUGGACAAGGCAGAGGACAUGCUCAGUGAGGACACCGACGCUGACCGGGGCUCUGAUGCAGGAACCAGCCCACCACCCCUGGGCACCUGUGGCCUGGUCGAGGGGGAGGAGGGCAGACAGUCCCCAGCAAAUGCCCCUGUGUACCAGCAGAACGUGCUCCACACGGGGAAGAGGUGGUUUAUCAUCUGUCCGGUGGCUGAACACCCAGCAGCCGAUGUCCCUGAAUCAUCGCCCCCACUUCCUGUAAGCUCCCUGAAGCCAGAAGCCAGCCAAGACCCAGCUCCCUACACAGACCAGUUUGUAAAGGAACAACCCAGCUUCCCAGCUGGCCAGCAGCUCCUGAGCCAGGCAGGCCCCAGUGACCCUAUGGGUGGGACACCAGCCCCUUUGGCACCAGCUUCACCUCCCAUAACUGUGGUGCCCCAAGAUACAGCGGCACCAGCAAGCACCAUGCCAGAGCCAGCAGCAGGGACUGCCACCCAGGCAGGGGGUCCAGGGACCUCUCGGGGGCCAGCCAGUGAGCAUGAAACCACCCAGCCUCUGGCUGAGACUCAUGAUGCCCCACGUGCCACCCAGCCCCUCAGCAUAGGCCAAGGACCUUGUACCUCAACUCCAGAGGUCUCUAGUUGUCCCCCAGGUUUGGGGGAGCCCCCCUCAAACAGGGAGGUCAGUACCCCAGGAGAGCCGCAGCCUGCUGUGGUUCCAGGGCCCUGUCCUCCAAGUGGGGCCCUACAACCUGCUCUAGGUCAGCCACCACCUCCACUCCCCACUGCAGUGGGGGCCAUCAGCCUGGCUGCUCCUCAGCUCCCUAGCCCCCCACUGGGACCCACUGCCCCCCCACUGCCACCCAUGGCCCUGGAGUCAGAUGGGGAAGGGCCGCCCCCGAGGGUGGGCUUCGUGGACAACACCAUCAAGAGCCUGGAUGAGAAGCUUCGGACUCUACUCUACCAGGAGCAUGUGCCUACCUCCUCAGCCUCAGCAGGGACCCCUGUGGAGGCAGGUGACAGAGACUUCUCCCUGGAGCCCCCAAGAGGAGACGGGCCUCACCGGGAGGUCCUGGGAGGAGAGCUUACCCAGCCUUCUCAGCCUUCGUUGGAGAAGUCAGAAACAGCCCCUGCAGGAUGGGGCCCAGUGGAGCAGGAACAGGAGCAAGGUGCCUCUUCAUCAGUAACAGCAGAGUCAUCUUCCAGCAACACACUGGGCUAUGACAGUGAUGGGGGACAGGUGGCUUCAGACUUGCCCACAGCACCCAGUACCCCCCAGGCCAUCCCUGCUUCUUCGAGCCCUGCAUGCAUACGGCCCACAGACCAGAACAGCAGGGUCCCCAGGGAAACCUCACAAGAGCCCACGCAGAGCCACCCAGGGACAGUUACAGAAGGCAGCCAGCUCAGCUGCCCUCAGAUACAUGACACUCGGGCGUUGGGGUCCCCACGGAAGCGGCCAGGGCAGCAGGAAGGCAGUUCAUCAGCCAAGACCGUGGGCCGCUUCUCAGUGGUGAGCUCGCAGGAUGAAUGGACACUGGCCUCCCCCCACAGCCUGAGGUACUCCGCUCCCCCUGAUGUCUACCUGGACGAGGUCCCCUCCAGCCCUGAUGUGAAACUGGCCGUGCGGCGGGUGCAGACGGCUUCCUCUAUUGAGGUCGGUGUGGGCGAGCCUGUAUCCAGUGACUCUGGGGAUGAGUGCCCACGGAGGAGGCCCCCGGUGCAGAAGCAGUCCUCCCUGCCUGGUGGUGGUGGUGUAGCCAGUGACUUGGUGAAGAAGGCCACGGCCUUCCUACACAGGUCCUCCAGGGCUGGGUCCCUGGGCCCCGAGACGCCCAGCAGGGCAAGUGUGAAGGUCCCCACCAUCAGCGUCACCUCCUUCCACUCCCAGUCAUCCUACAUCAGCAGUGACAAUGACUCAGAGUUUGAGGAUGCUGACAUCAAGAAGGAGCUUCGAAGUCUGCGGGAGAAGCACCUGAAGGAGAUCUCUGAGCUACAGAGCCAGCAGAAGCAGGAGAUUGAAGCUCUCUACCGCCGCCUGGGCAAGCCGCUUCCACCCAGUGUGGGUUUCUUCCACACGGCACCCCCGACUGGCCGCCGGAGAAAAACCAGCAAGGGCAAGCUGAAGGCUGGCAAGCUGCUCAACCCGCUGGUGCAGCAGCUCAAGGUCGUGGCCUCUAGCACAGGUCAUUUGUCUGACUCCAGCAGAGGCCCUCCCGCUAAGGACCCUGCCCACGCCAGCACGCCCCCAUGCGCGAAGGCAGUUCAGACCCAGCAGCCCUGCUCCGUCCGAGCCUCCCUGUCCACAGACAUCUGCUCCGGCUUAGCCAGUGACGGAGGCGGAGCGCGUGGCCAAGGCUGGACGGUUUACCACCCAACGUCUGAGAGAGGGGCCUAUAAGUCUAGUAGCAAGCCUCGUGCUCGAUUCCUCAGUGGACCCGUAUCUGUGUCCAUCUGGUCAGCCCUGAAGCGUCUCUGCCUAGGCAAAGAACACAGCAGUAGGUCCUCCACCAGCAGCCUGGCCCCAGGCCCCGAGCCGGGUCCCCCGCCCACCCUGCACAUCCAGGCGCAGGUGAACAACAGCAACAACAAGAAAGGGACCUUCACCGACGACCUGCACAAGCUGGUGGAUGAGUGGACGACCAAGACGGUGGGGGCAGCGCAGCUGAAGCCCACGCUCAACCAGCUAAAGCAAACGCAGAAGCUACACGGCAUGGAGGCCCCCAGCGAGGUGCGGGCUAUGACCAUGCCUCGAGCAGGAGUGGGGACGCCAUAUCUGGCCCCAGCACCUGGCCCUUUGUCCACCGCAGCCAUUCCUGGAGCCAUCCCAGCCCUGCCUGUGUCCACACCAGGUACUGUCCAUUCCAGCCUCCCAAGUCCACCCUGUGCACUUCUCCUGGGUCACUAUGGAGGUGUGUGCCCAGCUCCAGUGCCCUGGGGGCCCUGGGCAGCCCAGGGAAGCCUGCCAGGAGUUUGGGGCAGCUGGACCCCUGUGCAGGUACCUGUGCUGCCUGUGUUCCUGCGACCGCCUGCUGUCAGCAUCCCCAGUCACCAGCUGCAUAUCACGUAGCCCAGUGCAAUCAUGGGUUGGCCUCUGCAUGCCUCUUGGCCAUGGGGCGCAGUGGCUACAGGGCUCAGCAGCCAUGAGGCAGCAUGGACCUCAGCACAAGCUUCCCCUACUGCCUAAGACCACCCUGACGAUCUUAGCUCCCAUAGUCUGCACACCUCUGUCCUCAGCUGGAGGUUAGAACCUUACCCUGUAGAACUGCAGUAUCUUGAAUUCCAGCUUUCUGUUCCCUCAUGGAAGUGUUUUUUAAAAAAUCAGAAAAGGUCUUAUUUCAUGCACAGUUGACUUUGCUUUAAUGUCUGUACUGUGAUCAGUUACAGAGAUCUGAAUGGUUUACAAAGCUGAAGCUAAAGUCUGAUCUUCAGUUUUCCGUUGUGAAUGCCUUUUUAGAAACAAAGGAAAUUGAACCAGUGCUCUUACAUACUGAGGAGCUCACUGAUAGAUGAACUGGGCUUUGGUCUCAGGGGAGCGAGAGCUUCCCUGGGCUUAUCAGUGACUUGAGAGGCCCUCUGGGCAGGGAGUGUGUGCAGUAAGGAGCAGCAGCAGCCUUGUUUCACUGUAAGGGACCUGCCAGAAAAUGCCACGAGAGCAGAUGACCAGGUGGUGGCAGGCUACUGGGGCGCCUUGCAUAGAUGUGCCCUGCCCCCUCCACUCAGGGGCCUCCCACCCGUUGCCUUCCUUAUCCAUGACCUCUGUGGGGGCCCACCUGGCCCUGUAGUUCCCUCUUGAGGUCACACUGCUGAGGGCAGGAUGCUUCUGCAGUUUCCAUGGGUGCCUCCCCUGUGGGCACAGAACAGCCCUAGGUGGAAGUGACGGCCCCCACUGUGCACUAUACAUCUUGUACUUAUUGGACCAACUAGAUUAUUUUAGUUUUAAUAUUCUGUCCACCUACCUGUUCAGUUAGAAAUGAAUUUAACAGGAAGCUAUUCAGGAUCCUCUGCCAGGCAUCCACUGCUAUAAGGGAUUUCUUAUUGUGGCUUAUUGUGCUCUGUGCCUGGUCCGAGAACCAUGUGGGCCUAUUUCUGGGUGAACCAGAGGUGGCCCUCUCCCCUGCUCUGCACGCCUCUGUCGUUUCCUCCCACGAUAACAGUAGUGGCACGGGAUCCCCAAGAGAUUGUGUAUG